UUUUUUUUUUUUAACAUUUGUAACUUUUGCUUUUAUUUGACGCUUUUUACUUCAAUUACUAUUCUUUCUUUUUUCGUAACAUACUAUAUACUCAAUUUAUACGUUCAUUUCAACUCUUUAUCACUAUAUACCACACUAGCCAGACGUCACAAAAUAAUCGAGGAAAAUUAUACUUAAAGUUAUAAAGUUGAGUCUGACCUAAAGAGAAAAUACUUGACAUCAUGGAUGACGAUCAAGAAAUUUGCAGAGUUUGCAGAUGCGAAUCCACACCUGAUCAUCCUCUCUUUCAUCCGUGUAAAUGUUCUGGAAGUAUUCGAUUUGUUCAUGAAGAUUGUUUGAUUGAAUGGUUAUCCCAUAGUAAAAAAAAAUAUUGCGAACUUUGUGAACACCCUUUUACUUUUUCGCCAAUUUAUCGAGAUGAUAUGCCAGAGAGAUUACCAUUUUAUGUUUUAUGCACACAAUUUAUUCGUCGAUUAUCACGGUUACUGAAAACAUGUUUUAGAGGUCUUACUGUCAUUUUUGUUUGGCUGAUUAUGUUACCCAACUUUACGCUAUGGACCUGGCGAUUUUACUUUUGGAGCGGUGAAAAUAUUGGCUUCGUGCCUGCAUCAACCUAUCAAAUGAUGAAUGAUACAAGCAGUAACAAUAUAUCGACCAUUAGUACAAACAUUAUAAACGCAACAGUCGCAGCCGAUAUGACAAAUACCACAAUGGCAGCAACAACAUCAUUGAAUACACAGUCAUUUUGGCUAAGCACUAUCAAAAACUUUUUGUCAGAUUGCCUUGAAGGCCAAAUCAUUACAGCAUUUGUCGUCAUUAUAUUUGUUGCUGGAUAUUUGUUCAGAGAAUGGGUAAUGCAAAACUUACCUGUUGAGCAACCACAAAUUCUACAACAGCCUCAACCUGUACUACGCCGUCAAAAUAACCCUCGAAAUGCCAACUUUAUUAUUGAUGAGAACAAUGACUUGAUUGAUAACCGAAAUCAACUUUUACAGGAACAAGCAGCAAUUGAUACAUUGUUAAAUGCUAUGCGAGUUUUGCCUAACGAUGCUCAUGCAAAUGUCAACGAAGAAAUAGUAGCAGAUCAUGCAAAUGAUUUUGUACCACGACAACGUGAAACUACCAACGCUGUUGAAAAUGCUGAGAAUAUGGAUAAUGAGUCUUUGAAUACGGAUCAACGCUUACAUCGUCAGUUGAGCAACGUCAGAGUUGAACUUGUCAAUGAAUUGAACGAUUUGCAAAAUGACAACUCAAACCGUAGAUCUAAUGACUGGACUCCCAUCAUGAAUGAACGUUUUGCACGCGAUGAUGAUCAGCUUUUCGGAGGUAUCCAUAAUGCAGCAGCAGAUAUGGGUCGAACUCCUAGCAAUAGUACCCAAGGUUCUCAAGGCGGUAGCGCAGCAGCAGCAGCAGCAGCAGUUUUGCAUCAGGAUCAUUCGUUUGACACUUUUAUUCAACAGCAACAUGAUAAUGACCUUCACCAUCGCCAUCAUUUUCACACGGAUGAUGAAGAGGAACCCAAGGAAGAGCAUGAUGUCAAUAGAGAAGAGAAUGUUGAGGAAAUGGAUGAUGAUGAUGAAAAUGCAAGUUUACCUGAUCUCGUUGACGAAGAACAGAGAAGACUGAAUCGUGAUGCACUUCAUAAUAUGGUUUGGGAACAUUUAGCAAAUCGCGGAUUGCAUGUUCCUCCUGAAGAGGCACGUCGACAAAUGGCUGCGAUGAAUGAAACGGAAGACGAACGACAACAAAGACGUCAAGCUGCUAUAGCUCUCGUUGAAGAAGCAGCAAGACAACAACGGUUGGAACGUUUCAAUGAGGCUCUUGCAGGUCAAGCAGCAGCAGCAGUACCACCUCCACGAAACAAUAAUAUUGCAGCAGCAGCAGCAGCAGCAGCAGCAGAUAACGAUGACAACGACGAGCCUUUGGACGUUGGAGAUGAUAUAAAUGGUGUCUUGGAAGCCAUUGGUAUGAGAGGAAACCCUUGGAUGUUGGUACAAAAUUCAGUAUUAAUGUCCUUGAUGAUCAGUCUCUGUCUUGGAGUAGCUAUUUGGAUUCCUUUUGUGGUUGGCCGAUUAGUUAUUCUGAUACGUCCUAUUAGCUUUAUUGAAACACCUAUCUAUUUAAUGAGAUUGAUCACAGAUCCUCUUGUCGAUUUUGUUUUAGAUCUUUGCCUUCCUUUCGUUUGGUCGAAUCUCAAGGCUUUAUUACCAAACAAUAUACAAUAUGUAUUCAAAACGAUACAGAGUCGUGCUACUGGCAUAUUUCAAGAUCUUACAACAUACAGCCAUAACAACAAUCAGACAGCCCAUAGUGAUUUCAUAUCUUCUUCUACUACUGCGGCUUCAACAGCCAUGAAAACCGUUAUAGAAUCAACGAUAGAAAAUAUAACAGAACCUAUCAAUGGUGGGAGCCUCAACUUGACAAACGGCAUUUUGUCCAUGUCUCCCUUCGCUGCAUUGAUGAAGAUGAACUGGAGCACUAUGCAGAAUAAGAUUGAAAAUAUGAGCUCAUUAGCAUUGAUUCGUUGGCAUCGUUUCGCUACGGGUCGUACCGCUGUGGAUCGUAGUAUGUGUAUCUUAGUUGGCUACCUCGUUUUAAUUUUGGUAGGUUCGUGGUACCUAUCACAUAGCCAAAACAGUAACACCGACAGAAGCAACAACAAUAGACGCCGACGUGCCUUGGCAGCAGCAGCAGCAGCAGCUAACGCCCGAGGAGGAGUUGGGGCAAAUCACCAAAUUCUUAUUCCUCGAGAUACCAUUCGUGAGCUCAUUCGUCAACAAGGCAUUUUCCUUAAAGUUCUCUUCUUCAUUUUGAUUGAACUCAUUGUCUUCCCCACCGUCUGUGGCUUCCUACUCGAUUUUGCCACUCUACCUCUAUUCGCCGAUGCUUCUCUCACCACGCGCUACCUAUUCCAUUUAAAACGUCCUUAUUUCUCCUACUUUGCCCAUUGGUUCCUGGGUACAGGUGUUUUGUUCUAUUUCGCUAUUUUCAUCACGGUUUGCCGAGAAAUUAUCCGACCAGGUGUGAUGUGGUUUAUCCGUGACCCCAACGAUCCCCAGUUCCAUCCUGUCCAAGAAAUGGUCGAACGUCCUUUUCCUAACCUGCUGCAUAAAAUCAGCCAAUCUGCUCUCAUCUAUUCAUUUAUGCUGGUCUUUGGUGUAGGUACAGUGACCUACACCUUAGGUUAUAUAGACGGUCUAUUCCCCUUACGUCUACCCUUUGACACCCUCUCACUUACUGGAAACAACAAGACGGCAUUAACAAGUGUAGCAGUAGACUUGCUCAUUGUUCAGUUUUUGGUUCCUCCCCUGAUCAAAUUCAUUAAUCCUAGAGCGGUUUUUAAGAAAGCUUUGGGUAUUUGGUGGCGUGUUGCUUCGCGACAAUUACGUUUGACCUCAUUUAUGUUCAACGAACGUAAAUUGGAUGAAGAAGGCUACCAUCAUCGUCGUACAUUGAAGGCAUGGCUUUUAAGAGAGAAGGCUGUUAUUCCUGAUGCUGCUACGGAUGCAUAUUCUGAAGUUGCUAUUGAUGAUGAAAAUAGUUCUGUUGUAUUUCGACGUGAUGGUAUGAUGGUGCGCGUGCCAAAGUAUGAUAGUGUGCCUGUUGAUCCCAAGCGUCGCAUGUUGGUGCCUGUUGAUCCUGUUACUUUAGAAGCUAUUGAUUUGGAAGAAAGACGCAGAGGUCAUCCUGCUGCAGCCGAUACGAAUGAUGAGUCGCAAGCAACUAUAGUGGUUUACAUUCCACCUUACUUUAAGCAAAGAACGAUCUUCUUUUUGUUCUACAUGUGGUUGUUUAUUUCAUUAUUUGCUUGUUCUGUUACUGUCUUACCUCUUCUCGCUGGUCGUGUUAUUUUGAACAGCUAUAUUCUAACUGGAGAAUCAUCAAGCAAAACGAAUGAUCUUUAUUCGUUUACAUUGGGAAUUUAUCUUAUGACAGGUUUUGGAAUUUUGGUUUAUUGGAUAAAGGACUAUUACGCACAGCAUGGUCAUUCAGGUGAUCAUGAACGACUUUAUCAAUUUAUUAAAGAAAAAGCAGGAAAGGCUUUGAAAUUCUUUUACCUGGUUAUGACGGUUGGUGUCAUCAUCCCAUUCCUUCUUGCUGUCAUAGUUGAUCUCUAUAUAUUCUUACCAGUUCGAGAUGUGAACCCUAGAAUCGAAAUACUGGGCUAUUUUUCAUUGAAUUGGUCUCUUGGUAUUGCUUAUCUAAGCCUUGUACAUAAUUUGAUUCAUGUGCUUCCUGCCAAUAACCGGGUCCGUCGAACAGUGAACGAAAUGUUGGGCGGCAAUGGCUUCAUGCAAACAGAUGUAUGGACUAUCACGCUUACAAUAAUUGGCCCUGUGAUUAUUUGUGCAUUGCUUGCUAUUAUUGUACCUGGAAUUAUCUCUUGGACGAUCCUUCAAGUACUGAGUAAGUCUCCUAUUUUAUUAUUGCUGAAAGAGUACCUGCUAUGGUUGAUGUGGAAAACUUCAAAAGGAGAGAGAUCUGUUCUGAGAUUGGUUAUAACCUAUUUUUGUUUUUCAAAAAAAUUAGAAUCAAGAGAUGCUUUCAUGCAAAUUUCUGUCACAAGAUACGCAUAUCCAGCCAUUUUUGGUAUCUGUUUGAUUAUCUUGAUUGGUUUUGUUAUGAAAAAAAUGUUGAAUAUUUGGUUAGAAACAGUCAGAAAUGAUACUUAUUUGAUUGGAAAACGAUUACACAAUAUGCCGACACCUGCAGAACAACGUAGAAAUAGUAAUAGUAGCAGUUAGAGAUAAAAACCUAAUCAAAGAUAAGGGACUGAAUUCCCUGCAUGUAAAAACGAUGAAACCCCUAGAUAUAAUUACACUUUUCUUGUAAUGCAUACUUUACGCUUCCAUUUCCUCUCCUUUAUUACAUACUACCCGAAGUUACAUUAUGUAUGUUAUAUUUCUUUUUUUUUUAUAC